AUGAAGCGCUGUCGCAGCCGCUCCCCGUCCACCGGCUCCUCGGCAGCAGAAAAGAGGUCGCACGCAGAGCGAGAGGAGGUGGCUCUGUUUCUCUUCCGCCGUGAUCUGCGUGUGGUGGACAACACCGGCCUGCAGGCGCUCUGCGACGAGGCCGCGCACCGCUCCAUCUCGGUGCUGACGGCGUUCUUCUUCAACCCGAUUCAGUGCGACAAGGAGAGGAACCCGUACUUUGGCGACGCCUUUUUCCAGUUUUUCUGCGAGUCCCUCGUGGACUUGGACGGUGCGGCGCAGCUGAGUAACGGUCUGGUGUGCCUGCGCGGCAGUGAUGAGGAGUGCUUGAGGCGCAUCCGUGAUAGUGGCUACGAGGUGAAAGUGCUUGGAUUCAACGAGGACUACACCCCCUUUGCUCUCUCCCGUGAUCGGCUGCUGCGGGACUACGCGGAGAAGCAUGGCAUUGUAUGCGUGACAGGGCCGCACGACUACUCGCUGCGUCCUCUGGAUGACGUGGCCAAAGGCCCCGAUCAACCGUACAGCGUCUUCACACCGUUCUACAAGAAGUUCAUGGCGGAGCACGCCCACAGGGUGGCGGAGCCGCUGUGGGGAAACGUGAAGAAGGUACAGUCGAUGCUGGUGUCGCAGCCGAAGAAGCACCUAGAGCAUCACCUGGUGAACCCUGCUCGACUGUACACACACAUGCCGCAGGUGCAGGACCACGGCGGCCGUGCAGAGGGGCUGAAACGACUGGCGUGCGUGGAGACACUGAGGAGGUACGCGGAUGUUCGCGACGACAUUGCAGGAGACAAAACAUCGCACCUCAGCCCGCACAUGAAGUGUGGCACGGUGUCGACGCGGGAGGUGUGGCACGCCAGUGUGCAGGCUCUCGGCACUGGGCACCCCUUCACUCGUCAACUUGUGUGGCGGGAGUUCUAUGCGAUGCUGGCCUUCACGCGCCCACGACUCCUGCAAGGGCAGCUGAACUCCUUCCUUGGCAAAAAGAAUAUCAUGAAGGCGACACAGCCGAAGCAGAAUGCGCCGUUCCAGCCGUCCUACGACAAUUACACGUGGAACUGGAAGGCAGAGCACUUUGAGGCCUUCAAAGAGGGGCGCACUGGUGUACCGCUUGUCGACGCCGCCGUGCGAUGCUUGACUGCCACCGGAUGGUGUCACAACCGUUGCCGCUUAGUCAUCUCCAACUUUGCUGUCAAGGUGUUGGGGAUCGACUGGCGCGAGUGUGAGCGCUGGUUUGCGACAGUGGCUGUGGACUACGACGUCGCGAACAACAACGGUGGUUGGCUUUGGUCCUCGGGCCAGGGUGCAGACGCGCAGCCGUACUUCCGCACCUUCAACGCCUUUCGCCAGUCAGAGCGCUUUGACCCGGACUGCAAGUUCAUCUUCCAGUGGGUGCCUGAGCUGGCGGAGGUGCCGCCGAGCGUGGUGCACAAGUGGGAGGAGUACUGUGCAAAGGACAGAGACAAAGCAACGACCAACUACUCGAAGAAGCGGGAUGACAUGGGAAAGAGAGGGGCGUACACCACGUCGUACCCCGUGCCGAUUGUCGACACCAAGGCCGCCACUAAGGCAAUCAUCGAAGAGUACAAGAAGUACGGCAAGUCCAAGAUGAACUAG